AAAACCCGCCAAAUUAGAGUCCUCUUGGCGCCAAGGAUUCCUUCUCGUUAUAAGGGGACGUACCCGGGGUAGCGGCGCGCGUAAACACAAGGCGGCGGCAGGGGCGGAGCAGCUAAUUAUGUCUCAUUCUGUCGACACGUUAGGGUUUCGUUCUCCACAGUUCUCCGAGGAUUUAGCUUGGCUUCCUGGUUGGCUUCAGCAGCACCAGAAAGAACAAUUGGAUGAAUGCACCAACGAACUUAAGGGUACCAACUUAGAGCUAGCGUCCAAGGAUUUGAGAAAUUUUCAAGGAAACACUAGUGAAGGAAAAGAUGCUAAUACAUUUUCACGCGAGGAAGUUGGGUACAAAAGCUGUCAUUUAUUCUUAUCUGGGGAAGACAAUUCUGCAGUUAGUUUUGCUUCAUCUCCUGGAAAUGUACUUCAUUUCCAUCUUCAUCUUUCAUCAAAUGGAUAUUCACAAUGUAGCCCACUUCAACCUUUGGAUGCUUCUCAAAAUCAUAUUGAAUCCAAUACAGUUCUGUCCGUGCAACUAAAUAACACCUCAGUGGGUUCUGAAUUGAAGAGCCACUCCAAAAUUGGCCUAAAUGUUGGUGAGAUAAAUUCUUUACCUCCAAAGUCCAUUGAAAAACCCAGGGAGGAUACUGUUCCACCCUGUCCCUCCAAUAACAAGAAAUCAGCAAGUCAUUCUGGUGAAAAGCUUGAUACCAGGUACCUGAAAGCAGCUGACAUCUCUGAUGCAGUUGAACUCUCCAUUGCAGCAUCUGAAGCAUUGGUUAUAAAUGAAAUAAUGGGGAGUGGGUUGCCUUCGGACGUAUUGCCAACAGCAGUGGUACUGGAAGCAGCCCUUCAAGUAAAGAAAGCAAGAUUGGAGUGGCUAGAUGAUUCCUUAGAUGGCCCAGCCGAGGAAACUGAAAAUUGUGAUUCUCUCUCAGAUUUGGAUGAUUUCACCAUGGCCGAUGUAUAUAAAGAUGUAGGGCUGUCUCAGAGCAUACCUUCUGAUGAGUGUGCAUGUGAUUCAGCUAUUUCUCAAGUGAAAGAGACCCCUCUCUCUGGAAUUCUGUAUGAGUGUGUAAAUCUAUCUGAUUCUUCAGAGCUCAGGGCUCAAUGUGUCAAGUUUGAUGAUAUCCCUAUGCAAAAAGAACUAGGACAGAAUUUGGUUAUGGAUCUCAAAUCAAGAGAGAACUUCCAUCCAGAAUCCGUCAACUAUGAGAGGGAACAGUUUCAUGAUAAGCUUGUUCUGGGUUCAAAUAUCAGUGUGGCCAGAUAUGAUCCUUCAGCUCUUAAAAAUUCAGAUGGUUUUGUCAUGAAGCAGACAGUUGGCUCUAUGGUGGAUGUAGCAUCAUUUCAGCAUCAAAACAAUGUAAACUUCCGCCCACAAGCUUGGGAUUCAGGGAACUCUAAGGGAGAAGAUACAGUAAGUUACUUAGCUUCGAACAGAUUCAGGAGCCGGUGGUUAGGGGGUUGGACAGGCCAGGAUGCAUCUGCUACUCCAGAGUUGAAACAGAAUACUAAAAGUGUGAUGAAGUGUUUUGCUGGUGAGACGAGUUUUUUCUCAGAAUCGGCAGAUAUUGCUCCAGACGUAAACUCUUUUGUGCAAGUGCAUGACACCAAGUUUUAUAGAACAUCACAGUCAAGCAUAGCCUUUUCUGGUUUACAUGACGAAGAUAACAAUGGGAUAAUGCUCUCUCAAGAUGUGGUGACAUCUUCUAGCCUAUCUCCAGUAGAUCCUCUUUGUUCUGUUGUCCCGUGCAGUAUUUCUUCAGAAAAUGCUAGUCUUACAUUAGCUCACAAUCAGAAGGAUAAGGAAAAUCAUAAUGAAGAAUGCUUUAGACCCACACUGGAACUUGCGGUGGAGAAUUCACACACAUCUUCAAAUCCAAUUAUUAAAUUUCCCCAUGAGGACGGGCCAUCUAUGCCCAUAAUUAAUGGUGAGCGUUCUCCAGUCACAGUUCGUAGGCAGAUGAUUUCACUCAGGACAUAUAGUACGCUUCUCCCAAACCUUGUUUCCAUUUUUGAUGGGGGAAGCUUUUAUCGUGAUCAGUCAUUUGAACUAGAACUCGAUCAGAGGCUGAAUCCCUUGAAUAAGGAUGUCCCCUGCAAUAGAUCUUCUGAUAAAAGGAGUUAUAAUGAGUCGCUUCCUUCCAAUACUGUAUCCUCAUAUUCUGCUGGAAGAGACGAUGAGGGAAACAGUGAAACUACCUUAGAUGCGAAUCCUGUUGGAACACUGAAAAAUCAGAAGAGAAGUUAUCAUGAGACUGAAGGAAAUGGGAAUGAGCUACCUAUUCAAGCAUUGAAAAAGAGGAGGCAGCCUCUUAUUUUUAAUCAUAGGUCACGUUUCCGUAUCCAGGCUUCUAAACCUUUAAUGAACAAUUCCACUGUGGAGAAACAUCUCAAACUUGAUUUGUUGCCGGAAAAUGUUGUUAAGCUUCAACAAAACGAGGAACUCCAAACUAUACAAUCUGAAUGCAAGAACUUCCUUGACAGAGAUGUGUUAGUGAAAAAGAGAGUUCAUUUCUGUGAAGCAGAUAUUGCAGUUCAGCUGAACAAGAACCUCCAAAAGCUAGAUUCUUCAACCAAAUAUUGCUCAAAUGCUAGAGUAAGUAAAAGAUGGAAACAUCCCAAGUUUCGAAGUCAUGAGAGAAGUAGCUGUACAAAUUGUCACCUUAAGUCUGGGAAGAGAUUACUGUUUCAUGGUAUAGACUUCCUGCUUACAGGAUUUUCUAGUCAGAAGGAAAAGGACAUUGAACGAGAAAUAUGGAAACAUGGUGGCAUUGUUCUUUCUGAUAUUCCUUCUCCAAAUUUAAGGGCAAAAAGAAGCGUACGAUCCAAUGGCUACCAUCUUCCCGUUAUUCUAUGUAUGAAAAAGCUACAGACCACCAAGUUUUUGUAUGGUUGUGCAGUGAACUCCUUAAUAUUAAAAGUUGAUUGGCUUACUAAUUCAAUUUCGGCAGGCUGUAUUUUACCACCUGAGAAAUACAUGAUACUACCGAAUCGAGCUGAUGCAGAGCAUAUCAUUAUCGGGGAGCCAUUUCACAACUGCGAAUAUGUUUUUGAAAAAGUAGGAAUCAUGCUUCACGGAAAGCACAGUUUCUACAGCAAAUUGGCAAAAAUAAUUAAGCACGGAGGCGGGAAGGUCUUUAAAACCCUCCAGUGGUUAGUCCACAGUUUGGACAAAGAGAAAGUUACUUUGGGAGCCAUUGUUGCGGAGGAUGAAAGUAGGACAUCACGUCACUUGAGGCAGUGCGCGUCCGAGCAGAGGAUAGCAGUGAUGCCAGCUAGCUGGAUCAUAAAAAGCUUGUAUUUAGGUAAGCUGCUUCCGUCUCCAGAUAAUGGCCAUCCCGCUUUACCAACAAUUAAGAUCUCAGAGAUCCCAGUUUCCGCAAAAGUGAGUGAAGAUGUAUAAAGUUACCAGUUUCUGCAACAGCAUUGGUCGUAGAUGUAUGUAUUUGUAAUUUUGUAGGAUACACAUAUGGCGAUUCCUAAGCUUGCGACCGCACAUAUGUAAGUUUGGCGACCGUAGGCAGUAGAUGUGUCCAUGUAUUUGUAAUUUAUCAGUUGUUCAAAAUGCCUACCUUAAGCACCUAGUUUACGAUUUAGAGGUGCUUAGUUAAAUUUUGUAUUGAAUAAUUUGUAGCAGAAAACACAAGAACCGGCCAGCAUUCUUCGCA